AUGCACUUUGUACUCCACUGCGACACUACAGCAGAAAGAACAAUGUCGUCGUGGCUGCCUCAGAAUGUGCAGAAGAGACUUCUCAUCUAUCUGUUGCAGCAGAUAUCCAUCUUUUCCCAGAUAGAUACUACAAACCUGGACGUCUCAUUGGGUUGUCGCUCGCAGUUUGCGUUUCAUGAUGUGGAGCUCAAUGUAGACCACAUGCGGGUUCCGCAUAUCACAGUGGAAAGCGGGCACAUCUCGGAGCUUGAGCUCGGACUUGUUGUGUCCGGCGGGCUAGACAUCACGGGGGAUGGACUGUGUUUUGUGGUGCGGCCGGAGUUGAGUGAAGUGGCAGGGUCGCAUGAUUUGGCACAGUCUCUGGCGCGGAGCAUCAUGGACCUCACUAACUCAAUGAUGCAGCCGCUACCAGAAGUCUUGGAGGGAGAUGAGGUACUAGCGAAUAGCUGCAGCGAGGCUGGCGAUGCACAGCAGCCUGCGUCGUCGUCAGCCUUGGACAAAAUGCGGAACAAGGUCCUCGAACGGGCAUUAUCAAAUUUAACAGUACGCAUCAUCAAUGUCCGGAUCCAGGUCCUUUUUCCGGGUCAGCAGUCGAUUACUGUGCUCGUGGGCAGCGUCGAGCUAUCUACCGUCGACAAGACGCGUCGUGUGGAUCUUCAAGACAUAUGCAUUUCGCAUUCGGAACUGGUACCUUCACCCGAACAGCCCGAUGAGUUUAUGUCCACCAGUGCCUCUAAUUCCAUAUAUAUGAGCGCGAUUGACUCUUUGCCAUUUGGUAGCAGAAGCAAGAUGGAGGAAAAUGCGCGCAACGUUCGCGCGCUCUUGCAGAUGGAUAAGCUGCACGUGACUUUCCAAGGAAUCUCCUCUGUGGAGGAUAUUAGCAUACGUGAUUUGAUGUUGCAUAUGGGACGUGUUGAUGUGUUUCUCGAUGCCAUAAUCGCUGUAGAUAUUGGUGUGUUUGAAGUUUUAGUGCAGUUUGUGGCGGAGUUUCAACAGGAUACUGAGGUGUCUGAAACUUCGAAUACCCUUCAGAAUUACAAGCGUUUCCGACAAGAACAGAACUUGGAAGAAGAUCUCCAGAUUACAGGUUUCACAAUUGAGGAACUACGCAUAACGUUAUCACAAUCCGUGAAAGUUAGUGUAAUUGACAUUCAGCUCAGGAAUAGGUAUAUUGAGAAUUCGACUGUCACUGUAGGGAGAGUUACGAUAUGCGAUUAUGAUCUAGAUCUACUUCAUAUAGAUGCCGGUUCUAAGCCAUGCUUAGAGCUUACCGUUGACUCCAGAAAACUACAGCGGAUCAUUUCAGUGGAUGGCGACAUUCAUAUGGAUAUCAGUUCGACUUUUGUUUCCAGUCUUAUUCCACUGAUUUUCAGGUUACAAGAAUUGGGAAGGGGUCUCCAUUUUGUAGGGACGAACAAUUGUAAGAUGUCUCAGGAAUUCAAGACUCAGGUUGAAACGAAAACUAUUAUCUUAUCCCUUCCUGUAGGGGACGAUACCCUACAGAUGAUUAUCCAACCCAUCUCUUACGAACUGUCACUACAUACAGUUUUCACUGAUUUUAUUUCCAUAUCUAAGGUACAAAGCUCGGAAACUAGGGAUAUCGCAAUUAUUCGGGAAAUUAAAAUUGGAUAUCAAACAGCCAAUUUUCAAGUGAAAUCGUACAACUUGAAAUUGUCGGAGACGCUGCUAACAUCAAAGCUACGGGGGAGUGUCUCGAGCGUUGAACUUUAUUGUUCUGAUAGUGACAUCAAGUGGCUUUUUGACGGAUUGUCGCCCUACCAGGAUAUGAUUACACCGUAUAUGCAUUCUAAACCUGAAGUCCGAAAACCGAUUAUGAAUAAAUCAGUAAGAAUAUUGAGUGCUUCGAGCGUUAUACACCGGCAAAAUGUCUUUUCCGAUAUGGUACUCUUGAUUGAAAGAAUCACAUGCAGCCUCUCUGCUGAUAGCAUAAGUUCCUUUGGAAAUGUGAAAACGGAAUUAAAUUCCUCUCUUUUAUCUCUCAACACGGAUAACAGCAUUAUAUUUCAUUCAUCAUGCGUAAAGGGGAGUACUGUGUUCUCCGAUGUCAAAUACUGUCUCUUCGAACCCAUAAAAACCAAAGAUGUGACAAAACCUGCGCUUUUUGUGCAGAGAUUUGAAAAUGGGAAACUAAAGGUGAAUGUGCAAAAUACAUGCAUUUACUAUCAUGCGAAAUGGUUAGAUAUAUUGGAUGAAUCAAAGGGCACAAAAUCUACACCUCAACAGGAAUCUGCUGUUCCUGUUCCUCUCCAGCAACGUAUAGAGGUUAAAUUUCACGACUGUGCUCUAUCAAUGCAUCCUUAUAGACUCAAAUCAGCCCUUCUUAUAUGCGUAAACCGUUGCAUUUUAGAUAUAUCCGUUCCACCUGCGAAUUUCAAAUGUAUAAUUCGCUCCCCUACAUUUAUGCUUGCCGAUGAUUGUUCGAAUAUGAAAACGAGUAUCACUGAAUCCUGGGAAUCUCUGGUCCGAUAUUAUUCAAAAGCUGGCUUUGCAGUAAUCGGUAAAUCUGGCUUACUUUCAUGCACCAUCAAACAGUCUGGAGGCCAGAUCUGCUUAGACAUUGAUGUGGACCGCAUUGAUUUAUCAAUAUGCGCGGAUUCAUUCCAGUGCUUAAUACAGACCCUUAUUGACAUAAAACCACCUGUCUCAUUCCCUGAUGAGAAAAAGUACAGGACAGAACCUUGCAGUAUCCCAGUAUUUGAGAAUGUGGAUGAUGAGUUUUUUGUUCCAAAGGGUACCUCCAAUCUACCUGCAUUGAACGACAUGCAUAUAGUUGAUGAUUUUAUCAACAAUUCUAAUAACAGUUUUUCAGAGGUACAGGUGAUAGAAGAAACUGAGGAAGGAUCGCCGCUCAAGUUAGAAGACAACGGCUUGCUUUUUGAUGAAGGCCAUUUUAAUAAAGAGGAUAUUCCUGUUGCAACUGACUCGAAAUUUUUCCCCUUUGGCCCGGUUGCUAUUGUAUUGCAUCUUUUUGUGAGGAAAGCAUCUAUAAAGCUUCAUGAUGGAUAUGAUUGGGUAUACACACGUCGCUCAAUUUCAAAGGUCGUAGACGACUUAGAGGAUGAGGUGCAUAAACAGGAUCAGCCGGGUAGAGUAGAGACAAGCCUAUUUGAUUCAAUAUAUCUUUAUGCAACACCCGAUUCCAAUAUUAAGAAGGCAGUUAGCAGUAACAUUCAGUCAGAGGACAUUAUUGCGGAAAACUACAGUUCAAAAAUGAAGCUACGACCCUCAAAGCACCAUAAAAUUCUGAUAGAAUUGACUAACAUGAAGCUAACUUUUUCGGGAUAUAGCUACGAUGAACCUACCGAAGAUAUUGCUGACUGGUCAACUGACCUAUUAAACUCCAUCGAUGUUGAAGUGAAAACUUUUGAAAUUGUGGAUAAUGUUGCCACCUCAACAUGGAAUAAGUUCCUUACUGAAUUGAAGGAGGCACAUGGCGGUUCUCCAUCUAUGUUGGCACUCUCCAUCUCCUUGGUGCGCCCGAUAGACUUUUUGUACGCCACAGAGUUGAUAAUAAGUGCUCAAGUAUCACCCCUUCGUUUACAUGUUGACCAGGACACGUUGGACUUCCUUAUCAGGUUUAGUGAGUUUAAGGAUGCAAGAUUCGAUCUCAUUGACGACUAUCCAGAUAUAGUUUAUAUCCAGAGGUUUGAAGUUAACUCAAUUGAUGUCAAACUAGACUAUAAACCAAAGAAGGUAGACUAUGUCGGUCUCAAAUCGGGCCACACUAGUGAACUAAUGAAUUUCUUCACCCUUGAUGGGGCCAAGAUGACUUUGAAAAGGGUGGUCUUGUAUGGUGUAGAUGGUCUCGGUGAGUUACAUAACUGCUUGAGCAGCAUAUGGACACCAGAUAUUACGAGGAGUCAACUUUCGGGCGUACUAAAGGGAGUAACGCCUCUUAAGUCCAUCAUAACUUUAGGCUCCGGAGUCAAGGCCCUUGUUACUGUGCCCCUCAAGGAGUACCGACAGGAUCAACGACUAACGAGAAGUUUGCAGAAAGGCGCCCGCGAUUUUCUGAAAACCACCAGCGGGGAACUUAUAAGGCUAGGUGUACGGAUGGCUUCGGGUACUCAAGCAAUUCUCGAGAACACGGAGGAGUUCUUCGGUGGCCAGGGCGCUCGUGCCCGGUGCAUGAGUGCCCGGCUUCCAGAGGAUGAACUAUCCCCUGUACCAUCGGCCUGUGAUGAAUUUGAUUUGUUCCGCAGCUCGAUUCCUCGCAAGCAAAGUCCUAUCGUCCCUAUCCCCUCAGAAGAAGAUGAUAUCGAACCACUAAAAGCCAUUAGCUUGUACGCGGACCAGCCUCAGAACGCCCAGAAGGGUGUUAAGGAAGCGUAUGGAUCUCUGGGGAAGAACCUAACCAUUGCUUAUGGUGCAGUGAGGCGUGCCCAGCGCGAUGCCCGCCAUUCUAUUUCCGCCCAGGAUGCCGCAACUGCCUUCGCCCGCGCCACCCCGAUCGCAUUCAUCCGGCCUAUGAUCGGCGCAACUGAAGCAGUUUCCAAGACAUUGCAAGGUAUCUCUAAUCAGAUGGAUCGUGAUCAACUUGUACACAUGCGCGACAAAUACAAGCAAUCCUCCCACUACCAGCGCAAGCGAGAGCGCUAG